GUGGCGAGAAUUGAGACACAGCCUACAAAAACAGACGACGUGCAUUAGCACAGUAUCUUGCAAUAGCUCCUCGCAGGAGAAGAUUAAAGAGGAUUUUGUUUAAUCGGACACUGAUACUCAAACUGCAGCAGGUGAGCAAUGGCUGCCCUACUUACUGGAGUCAAAGACGAUGAACGGGAUGACACCAUGGAGUGCUUAACAUGUCACAAACAAAUACAAGGAAAAACUCAUUAUAAAAUCCAUCUGACUACUCCACAGCAUUUGAAGAGGGAGGAGGCUAAUUCUAUUAACGACCUUGGCCCUCCACCACGGCAACUACCGGAAUGGACCGAUAUAUUACAGUACUUGGACUACCUGAAACUUGAUGAGCCCAUUAUUGGACUGGAUUCCUUGGUGCAGCAGGAGGAUACUUUUGUGGAUGGCAGAUGCUAUUUGAAUUAUAAGUGUAAGAUGUGUAAUGUUGACGGCAUCAUGUGUUCUAUGGUAUCUCACAUUGUGAGCCGAAAGCAUCGCCAUAGAUACCUGCAACUGAAGAGGCCAGACUUGCUGACCCAAAGCAAUGGUAUGGGACAGAAGCAACCGGGGCUUGUUGCCAGAGCCAAGGCUGCAAUUGUGGAGAAGCAAGAUGGAUGGGGUACUCCUUCGGCCAUCAAAGAACCCAAAGAGAAAUUCCGGCCAGUAACUCGUUCAAUGCUGAAACAGGCUAAACAAGCAGGCCCCAAACCAACACAAGGCUCUCAUUCUCACGCAUAUGAAGCAUCAUCUUAUGGCCAAGACUGGAGAGGGCAGGCUCACUUAACCACAGAUGGAUAUAGACAACCGGAUUUUCCAAACAAUGUUUUUGGGAAGCCAUCUCAAUUUCAUGGGAAUGACCAGAAUGAUCGUCCCAGAGGUGAUGCAGCUCUAUGGCAAGCUUAUCCAAACACUGACCGACCUGAAAAUGCAUAUUAUCAAGAUGGCAGACCAAGACCUUAUCAAAAUGAAGGCUACAAAGAAAAAUUACCAUAUCUUGAAGGAGAUGGUAGUGUAAGGUCUUUUGUAGAGGGUGAUGGUAGUGGAAGACACCAUCUAGACAAGGCAAUUCCAGGGAGCUCUUAUCGCAAUGAGCAUCAGGAUCAGUACUACCCAGAAAUGGAUCCCAGAAGAGGGUGGAACUCGAGUGGAGUUGUACAGCAGGAUCUCUAUCAUGGCGGUGUUCCAAGAAGCAGGUUUGCUGACACAGACAGGAGUGGUCCAGCUCAGCACCCAGAAGAAAUGGUCGGACAGGUUCGUGGUCAGAUGUACGCGUCACGUGAUGGAAGAGGACAUAGUAUGGAGGAGAUGCAAAGACCUGGCAGAAGCUUUCAGAAUAUGGAGAAAGGAACAGACUAUCUCCAAACUAUGAUAAGAGAAGCAAGAGCUGGAACCUAUGAGAUGCAGGAAUAUGCCAAAAGGGGUGGUAUGGGAGAUUAUGCUCAGGAACAUGUCCCACACAAAAAGAAAAGGGAGAGUAGAUUUUCUGAUGCCACACCAAAGGAGGUUGAGCUUGCACAGAGGAGGUUUAAAGAAGGCACAUUUCCACCCAUGAAUCAAAGUAGAGGCCCAGUUCAGGUAUUUGAAGAAAGAAGGGCUUUAGAUUCGAUGCACACUGCUGUGAACUCGGAAAAUGUUUUGGACGUGCUGGAUGGGGUCCAAAUUGACAGUGCAGAAGAGGCUAACUUCUUGAAGCAAAAGUUGUGCGAUGUUCUGAAGCAGUUUCAUGCGAAUAAAUCUCAGCGUUCUGAGGUCUCUCCAAGUGACAGAGAGUACAGGAGUGACGUAUGGAUGGAUCAGCGGAGGAACGCGCAGGAGAUAAGAGAGUCCGCAAGAUAUGACCGUGAUCUUAGAAAUUUAACAAAUGAUUCCACGGGCGUUAAAGAGACAUGGCCAUGGCCAGAGAAAAAUACCAGAGAUGUUCAGGACCCAAGAUAUGUUGAAGACCAGAGACCUGAUACAAGAUAUGAAAAUCGUUCUACAGAUUUUCAAGAAUCAAGACCUUAUGCAGACUCUCAAUCAGAUUUCCCACAGGCAAGAAGGUUCAAGGACAAUCCCAGAGAUUUUCAACACGGUGGCCAAUUUGGAGAAAAUCGUAUGGCUUUUCAACAGGAAAGAGGGUUAUGUGACAACUCCAGGGAUGUUCAGCAAGCGGGACAUUUUGAAGAUCAUUUUUCAGCAUACCGGCAGGCCAGCAGUUUUAAAGAGAGCUCAAGAGCAGGACAUGUCGAAGAGGACCCCAGAAUCUUUCAGAGCAUGAGACACACCGGGGGUACUGAAGAAAACAGAAGUUACGAACAACAAUUUGAAGGAGCAGUAUUGGGAAGACAUGGCGAUCGUGACUUCAGACGCGUUGAUGCUCAGCAUGAAUUUGAAUGGGGUGCACAAAGAAAUAGAUCGACUGGUCGGUCUGAUGAGUUCAAGGAUUAUCAUCCAGAUGCUGAAAGAAAAGCUUAUCAAGAGGGCCAUUGGAAAACCAGGUCGCUCAGAGAAGAUCAGGCAUAUGGCGAGAACCAAGCGCAUAUGCCUCAUUACCACGUAGAUCCAAGUACAGAACUCUACGAUCCAUUUCAUCCAUCAUCGUCUCCACCACCAGCACCACCCCCCUCCAGUCUGGAAAAGCUGGCUUCCACUCUCUUGGAGCUUGUGUCACGAAACUGAAUCUGAAAGGAUUCCUAAGUGUAAUGUACAUAGAUUUGUAUUUGCUUAUUUUGUGUAACGGUUAAUUAUAAAUGUGUCAUGUCUAUUAGAAAUGAAUAACAGACAUAGUUCUUUUCUGUUCUGAUUGGAUUGUAUAUUGCAUUUGUAGUUGUUUUGAUCUUUUUGAAUUGUUGGCUGAAUCUAAAAGAGAAUUGUUGUUGCAGAAAAUACCAGAAAAAAUAAAUUUUUGUUCCUAAAAUC